CCGCCAAAAUGGAUACCAUAUUAAGACAAUGGAUGAGAUGUAUCUUGGUAUCAUCAAGAAUGUCUCGGGCCAGAAAUAUGUUAUAGAAAAGUUCCAUGCUUUAUCUUCUGGUUUAUAUUGGACAAAAAUUAGUGCAAUUAAGGCACGUUCUAUUGUAAACCAGAAGUUUACUAAUUCCAAUACUUUCGUACUUUGACAUGAUCGACUGGGACAUCCUGGAUCUAUAAUGAUGAGGCGAAUUAUAGAAAAUUCAAAUGGGCAUCCAUUAAAAACCCUGAAGAUUCUUUCAAAUGAUGAAUUUUCUUGUACUGUUUUUUAUCAAGGCAAAUUAGUUAUUAGGCCAUCACCCAACAAAAGUUGAGAUUGAGUCCCCUGCAUUUUUGGAACGCAUACAUGGGGAUAUUUGAAGAGGAGCCUUGGCGUAACUGGUAAAGUUGCUGCCAUGUUACCAGGAGGUCACGGGUUCGAGCUGUGAAACAACCUCUUGCAGAUAUGCAAGGUAAGGCUCCGUACAAUAGAACCUUGUGGUCCGGCCCUUCCCCGGACCCCGCGCAUAGUGGAAGCUUAGUGCACCGGGCUGCUCUUUUUUUAUGCAUAGGGAUAUUUGUGGACCUAUUCACCCUCCUAGUGGGCAGUGUUAUCAAAAGCGCAAAAAAGCUCUAACGUCAGCUGGGGCUUUAAGCUCAAAUAAAGCGUGGGCUUUAAUGAAAAAAACGCGCAAUGGUGCAGAAGUUUAAGAUAAAGUGAAAUAUCGUUCAUCUAGUGUCAUCUCUUCAAGAGAGGCUUAUUGGCAAGAAAAGUUAUGUCCCAGAGCCUUGAUGACAACACUGAAGCGCACAUAAAGCGAGGCGAAGCGCUCAACAUGUUUUGAGCCUUGCUUCAGGGCUUAAGCACGCCUUUGACAACAUUGUUAGUGGGCCGUUUAGAUAUUUUAUGGUCCUAAUAGAUGCUUCUUCUAGAUGGUCUCAUGUGUGCCUACUGUAAUCUCGCAACCUGGCGUUUGCAAAAUUAUUGACACAAAUAAUUCGAUUACGGGCACAGUUUCCCGAUAAUUGGAUCAAGUCUAUUCGCCUUGACAAUGCUGCUGAGUUUUCAUCCCAAGCAUUUAAUGAUUAUUGUUUAUUAAUUGGGAUAAAAGUUGAACAUCCCGUAGCUCAUGUUCACACUCAAAAUGGUCUUGCAGAAUCAUUAAUUAAACAUCUGCAGUUGAUAGCAAGACCAUUACUUAUGAAAACAAGGUUGCCCACUUCUGUUUGGGGUCAUGCAAUUUUGCAUGCAGCAACACUUGUUCGUCUCAGACCGACAAAUUAUCAUAAAUUCUCACCGUUGCAAUUAGUUUUGGGUCAAGAACCUAAUAUAUCCCAUCUAAGAAUUUUUGGAUGCGCUGUAUAUGUGGCUGUAGCACCACCACAUCGUACUAAGAUGGGUCCCCAAAGAAGGUUAAGAAUAUAUGUUGGGUUUGAAUCAAUCUUCAUUAUUCGCUACCUUAAACCAUUGACAGGAGAUUUGUUCACUGCUCGAUUUGCAGAUUGUCGAUUUGAUGAAACACUCUUCCCAAAAUUAGGGGGAGAAAAUAGUGAAAUCGGAAGAGAAAUUCACAACUUUUAAAGUAUGUGCCUUUAGAUGAUUUAUAAUGAUUUAUAAUAAUUUGGGGUAAUAUAGUAAAAUUGUCAUAUUAUUUCAAAUAUGAAACUUGGACAAGUAAAAAUGGACGGAGGGAGUAUAUAGUGUUAGACUUUUCUUCAAAUUUUCUAUUUAAUGGAGCUGUGAUUGUUUCUGUUAUGCUCCUCUAUAUUCUCAGUUAUAUAGUUUUUAAAAUUUUCCUUCCAUGCUAGUAAUUAUAUUAUUUCCUUUGUAGUUUCUUUGCCCUUCUAUUUUUGUUACUAUCUGUUAUUUCUUGUACUUCGAUUAUUGUACUAGUUUGUUGUAGUUACUUUUUUUUUUUCUUUCUUUUCAGAAUACUUUGUUAUGCUUUCUAUACUAUUUGAUCAUGUUUCUAUACUAGUUUGUUGAUAUGACUUUUCUUGAGCUGAGAGUCUAUUGGAAACAACCUUUCUACCUUUUCAAGCUAGGGGUAAGGUUAUGGAAGGAGGAGGAUCAGAAGCGGUGAAGAGGCAUAGGAGUAGGAAUAAGUUUCUUCCUAGAGAGAGGAUCGAUCGGCUUAUUGACCCUGGCUCUUCAUUCCUUGAGCUUUCUCAGCUUGCGGGUCAUGAAUUGUACCAAGAGUCAUUACCAUCUGGCGGAAUAGUUAUUGGAAUUGGAACAAUACACAAGAGACUCUGUAUGUUGGUGGCAAAUGAUCCCACAGUCAAAGGUGGAAGUUACUUUCCUAUAACUGUCAAGAAACAUCUCAGGGCACAAGAGAUUGCUGCUCGAUGCAAACUACCAUGUAUAUAUCUUGUUGAUAGUGGUGGAGCUUUCCUUCCAAAGCAAGCCGAGGUUUUUCCUGACAAAGAAAAUUUUGGGAGAAUAUUUUACAAUCAAGCUGUGAUGUCUUCAGAAGGUAUUCCUCAGAUCGCACUGGUGUUAGGUUCUUGUACUGCUGGAGGAGCUUACAUUCCUGCAAUGGCUGAUGAGAGUGUAAUGGUCAAAGGGAAUGGUACCAUAUUUUUGGCUGGACCUCCUCUUGUUAAGGCAGCUACUGGUGAGGAAGUUUCUGCGGAAGACCUUGGAGGUGCAACUGUGCAUUGUAAGACAUCAGGGGUUUCGGACUACUUUGCCCGUGAUGAACUACAUGCGCUUGCUAUAGGAAGGAAUAUUGUUAAGAACCUGCACAUGGCUGGUGGUCCAGAAGUGUCUGGACAAACUAGAGCUGACUAUAAAGAACCUCUGUAUGAUGUGAAAGAACUUCGCAACAUUGCACCAUCAGACCUCAAACAGUCCUUUGAUGUUCGAUCAAUUAUUGCUCGCAUUGUUGAUGGAAGUGAAUUUGAUGAAUUCAAGAAACUGUAUGGCACUACACUUGUGACUGGCUUUGGAAGAAUUUGUGGACAGCCAGUAGGGAUCCUUGGAAACAACGGGAUACUGUUUAUGGAAUCUGCUCAAAAAGGGGCACACUUUAUUGAAUUAUGUACUCAACGUAACAUUCCUCUGAUCUUCCUUCAGAAUAUUACCGGAUUUAUGGUUGGGUCCAAAUCCGAGGCAAGUGGUAUUGCCAAAGCUGGAGCCAAAAUGGUGAUGGCAGUCUCUUGUGCGAAGGUUCCGAAGAUCACGGUAGUUAUCGGUGGAAGCUUUGGAGCUGGCAAUUAUGCGAUGUGUGGACGUGCAUAUAGUCCAAAUUUCAUGUUCUUCUGGCCAAAUGCUCAAAUAUCUGUAAUGGGAGGUCCACAGGCUGCUGGAGUCCUUGCUCAAGUAGAGUGUGCCACCAAGAAAAAGAGGGGAAUUCAGUGGACAAAGGAAGAGGAAGAGAAGUUCAAGGCUGAAGUUGUAGAGGCGUAUGACAAAGAGGGCAGUCCAUAUUAUGCCACAUCAAGGCUUUGGGAUGAUGGCAUAAUCGAUCCAGCAGACACGAGGAAAAUAUUGAGCCUUUGCAUCUCUGCUUCCUUGAAUCGUGGACCAGAAGCUACAAAAUAUGGUGUCUUCAGAAUGUGAUACUGCAAACUCUAGCUGAAGAAAGAUGUUGCUGCCCAAGGCUUGUUGAUUUCUUCUCCAAAAGCGGAAACACUGACUGCAUAAUUCUAAGUCGUGAAAGGAAAGGGAAAUUGGUUCCAUGCCAAGGACGAGAAACUCCAUGGUUUACAAAAAAAAAUAAAAGUUGGAUAUAGGUAGCUCUAGGAUCAGCGUGCAGUCAUAGUCCGAUGAAGCUAUGUUCCUUUAUUUUUAUACUUGGUGCGGGAGCUCAUAACUGUGGGUUGUGGCCGCUAAUGUUAUUGAUUGCGUUAAGUGUAAAUGAGAAACACUUGUUACAAAA